AUGCCGGACGCCAUCCCGGACUCCUCCCCGGACAGGCAGGACCCGGGAGACGCACCGGUGGUCGUUCAGGACAGGCGGGCCCGCAAGGCGAUGUGGGAGGACAAGAACUUCCAAGGCCAGGAGUGGACUGUAGACAUGCAGUCGGAGCGGGAGAAGACGCUGACGAAAAAGCUCAAGAAGCUGAAGGGGAAGUUCACGCCCUAUGGUCCCAAGCCGUGGGACUCGCCCGCGUUCAGGAGCGUGUCCAUUGCCGUUCACCUCGACCCGAAGCAGGCCUCCAACAAGAAGAUCCUCAGCCAAGUCACGGAAGAGAUGCGCCGCAUUACCGGAGGGAUGCCGAGGACCAUGAUCGCGAAGCAAAAUAUGGCCAAGACCAACCAGCGCAAGGGCUUCCCGAGUGGAGUGAGCAUCGUGAUCAAGGGCAAAUUGAUGAUGGACUUCUUGACCAGGCUGAACACCCUCGUCUUGCCCCGCGUCCGCGACUUCGAGGGUCUCUAUCCCAACUGCUUCGGCAACACGGGCGACUUCUCGCUCACGAUCAAGGGCCAGGAGCCCUUCAAGGAGCUCGACGAGCUCCUGGACAUCCGCGAGAUCACGCACAACUGGCAGAUCACCAUCCACACCAACCGCUUCACGCAGCCUUCCGCCAUGCAGCUGAUGAAGGAGUUCGGAUUCCCGUUCACCGACGAGCUCAAGGUGAGGAGGAAGAAG